AUGACACAAACACAAAAACCGGUCCUUAUCUCCGGCGCCGGCUUAGCCGCCCUUCUCCUGGCGCGCUCCCUCCUCCUCUCCAAAAUCCCUUUCCUUGUCUUCGAACGGGACGCAUCCCUCAAAUUCCGUGGCCAAGGCUAUCGCCUCCGUCUCUCCAACGAAGGUCUCGAUGCAAUCGAGCAAGUCCUCGGCCCGGGUCCAGAGGGGUUCCCGAAAUUCUAUGACCGAUGCGGGAAAACAGCUGGUAGCGGAUUUGUGGGCUACGACGCUAUCACGGGUGAAGUCACGGAAAGUAAUCCCGGCGGCGAACGACUCGGGUCGCGCGAUGGGAAGAUCGUAGGUAUCUCGAGGGGAGAUAUGAGAAGCUUGUUUAUGGAGGGAUGUGAGGAGUUUGUGCAAUUUAAUAAGCAUGUUAAGGGUUAUGAACUGACGGAUGGUGGGGUUCGGGCCAUCUUUGCGGAUGGUUCCAAGUCUGUGGAAGGGUCGCUGCUGGUUGCGGCUGAUGGGGUCAAGUCGUCAGUUGCAAAACAAGUGUCCGGUGGACGACUCAAGGUCUAUGAUACGGGCGCACGCGGAAUACAUGGACAGGCACCGACGACGUCGUAUAAAGGGCUGGGAGAAGGCGUUUUCCGGUUCACGGACACUUCGAGACCGGAAGGUCAGGUGUCCAUUAUCACAAAUGUGCGGUCAGGCGAUAUGCACAAUCCCGAUAUCAACUUUGGAUGGACGCUGGGUUCUGUGCCAGGCGUGAUCCAAGUGCCCAAUAACGACUACACGAUAGUCGGCAAGCAGGCGGCAGACAUCGCCAAAGAGUUAACGAAGGAUUGGCAUCCGCGCUUUAAGCCUUUAUUAGAUGACAUGAUCGAGUCGGAAGCGGCGUUCUGGAAGAUUACCUGUUCAACGCCCACGGGUGUACCGGAAUGGCCGAAUGAGCCACGAGUCACGGUCCUUGGCGACGCGGCGCAUGCCAUGACGCCGGCUGGGGGAAUUGGUGCUAAUACGGCUGUGAGAGAUUCGGCUUUGCUGGGACGCCUGCUGCGUGAGGCUGGGGGAUGGAAGGAAGGCAUGACGGUGGAGUAUGAGAAGAAGAUGAGAGUUUAUGCUAGUGAGGCAGUGAGGUCCAGCUAUGGGAUGGCUACAAAGUCAUUUGGAGCCAGAAUUGAUCCCGAGUCGACUCCGACAGUGUAG